AUGUCUGUGGCAGAUUACACUAGCAAGUUUGAGGAACUCUGUAGGUUUUCUGGGGUAUGUCCGGGUGCCCCAGAGGCUUAUGAGAGUUGGAAGUGUAUUAAAUACCAAAGGGGGCUAAAGGACAAGAUUAUGACUACUGUGGCUCCUAUGGAGAUCCGUAUCUUCUCCGACUUGGUGAAUAAGGCAAGAGUGGUGGAGGAGUAUGCCAAAACUGUGGCGGCGUCCAAGGACACUCAUAGAGGGAGCUCUAGUCAGAGGCGUGGUGGGUGCUACAACUGUGGCUUGCCUGGAAAUUUUGCGAGGCAUUGCACAUGUGGGAAGAACCCAAGUGCGGGUCAGAGUCAGCACCAGGGGCGAGUUUUUGCUGUGAAUGCCAAGGAUGCUUCCAAGACGGAUCCGUUGAUGAGAGUUGAGGAAUUAGGCUUGAAAGUGUCAGAGUUACAAUUUGAUCUCCAUGUACAUACUUUGCAUCAGACGGUUAUGACUAGGUUAGGGUGUAGGCAAGUAGGUUUCAAACUUGAGGGUAGAGACUUUGUGCAUGACUUGAUUUGUUUGCCAAUGGUUGGAUUGGAGAUGAUUUUGGGGUUUGAUUGGUUGUCAAAGAAUCGGGUUUUGUUAAAUUGCUUUGAGCGGUCAAUUCGGUUUAUGCCAGAAGGAGAAAAUGGAGCGGUGGUAGCUACGGGGUAUUAUCUGAACUCUGUAAUGGUGCAUUGUAGUGGGAAGGAGUGUCAGGGUUAUAUCCUGUUGGUUGGUAACGCAUUAGGUGAUGCCCAGGACAUAGAUCAGAUACCGGUGGUUAGAAAUUUUCCAAAAGUGUUCCCGAAAGAUAUCCCUGAGUUCCCACCUCAAAGGAAAAUUGAAUUUUCGAUUGAAUUGGAGCUGGGAGCCAAACCAGUGUCGAUUGCGCCAUAUCGAAUGGCUCCGAUAGAGCUGUUGAACAAAGUGACUGUACAGAAUAAGUACCCGCUGCCAAGGAUAGAUGACAUGAUGGAUCAGUUGCAAGGAGCUGGAGUGUUUUCUAAGAUUGAUUUGAGAUCUGGGUACCAUCAAAUAAGGGUGAAAGAGAUGAUAUCCCUAAGACUGCGUUCAGGACGCGCUAUGGACACUAUGAGUUUGCGGUGA